GCAGGACAAUGUCUUGCAAGCCUUUGAUUGCUCCCCAAGACAAAUAUUAUAUAAUCAACGCGAUCACUUGAACCUCUAAGCCGAUGCGACUUAUAAAGGAGAUAGCCCAUGGAAUCCUAGUUCUCCAUAUCUACAACGGUCACAGCACGAUACCAUGAACACUAUUCAGAUUGUCGAUGUUCGGCCUCAUGACAAGUCCUCAGCUUUCAGUCCUUCCGAUGCUGUCAGUGACAGCCAGUCGCAGGAGGUCCUCAGAGGAUUAAUGGUUGCCACAAAAACCUUGCCCACCACCAUUCUCUAUGAUGAGCGUGGCUUGAGGCUAUACGACAGCAUUACUACCAAGGCACCAGAGUAUUAUUUAUUUGGUGCGGAGGAGCAAAUUCUCCAAGACCACGCGGGUCAAAUCGUGGAUGUCAUGCACCAGCAUACUGGAGGUAUUGUUUCGGGAGAGGUCGUACUCGAGCUCGGGGCUGGCGCAUUGCGCAAGACUUCUCACGUUUUACUGGCGCUGGCCAACCUGGUUCCUAUCGCUCCGCCUGUUGCCCCUAUAACAUACUACGCACUUGAUCUUGAGGAACGUGAACUCAAACGCACUUUGAUGGAACUUCGCGAGUCUGCAGUUGGUUCUAUGCUUGUCGGCAAGGUCGAGACGCAAGGCAUGCUCGGAACAUAUGAUGCCGGACUCAAAUUCAUUGAAGAAGGUGGCCUUCAACCUAACCUUCAAGCUGACGCUUUGCCACUCUCGUUGGGGUCUUACAAGCUCAACAGCACUCCACGAGACUUUUCUCUGGCCUCGACAGGAUCUUCUUUUCCCGAUUCGCCAGACACUGAGUUGACAUCUCCGUCUACACCAGGUAAUAUCCAGACCCCCUUACAUUUGCUCUUCCUCGGCUCCUCGCUAGGCAACUUCAAGCGCGGAGAAGACGCCAAGUUUUUGCGGGCGUUACCAUUAGAACCUGGCAAGGAUACCCUUCUUAUCGGCUUGGAUCAUGAUAAUGAUCGCACAGAGAUUGAGCUGGCAUACAAUGACCCUCAGGGUCAUACUCGGGAUUUUAUAUUGAAUGGACUGAAGGUUGCUGGGAGAGCACUCGGAGAUGAGUCUUUGUUCGCGGAGCAAAAUUGGGAAUACAUAAAUACCUACAACGAAUCCAAACGUUGUCAUGAAGCAUACUAUAGAUGCACUCAUACGCAUGACAUUAACCCCCCGAUGGCGCCCAAACCGAUUCAAUUUUUGGAGGGUGAGCUUAUUAAUAUGGAAAUCUCGCACAAAUAUUCGGAAUGUGAUACAUCCGUGCUAUUCACUGAAGCCAAACUGCGGCCCAUCCAGCGAUGGACCGACAAGACGGGACGGUAUUCACUUUGGCUCUUGGAACGUCCGCCAUUCGUAUUUCCAUUACUCGACUCGCCGUUGGUGGUGCCUGGUCACAUUUCUAAGUUCAGUAUUCCCUCGAUAGAAGACUGGAACGACAUGUGGACUGCUUGGGAUUUUGUCACACUGCGCAUGACACCUCAUGCGAUGCUAUUUCAGAAGCCGAUUGAUUUGAGACACAUCUGUCUGUUUUAUCUUGGUCACGUUCCAACCUUUCUCGACAUUCAUCUAUCUCGUCUUCUUGACGAACCUCAUACGGAACCUGAAGAAUUCAAGCACAUUUUCGAGAGAGGAAUCGAUCCCAAUGUUGACGACCCGACCCAAUGCAACCAUCCUCAUUCAGUGGUUCCCACAAAAGAUGUCGAUUGGCCUUCACUUCCUAGUAUUUUGGCCUUCAAGAAUCGUGUCAGGGAGCGCCUUAGGAAGGUUUAUAGCGACAUUGCUGAAGGCAAGAUUUCCUUGACUAGGAAGGUGGCUCGCGUCCUGUUCAUGACGUUAGAGCAUGAAGGUUUGCAUGUCGAGACGCUCUUGUAUAUGCUACUUCAGCGCGCAGGGACAGGAACGAUUCCUCCACCCGACUUUUCUCCUCCCCAUUGGGAGUCUCUUGCAGCGCAGUGGCAAACAACACCCAAACCUGCUGUAGCAACUGUUGAAAUAGGCCCUUCAAUCAUUACGCUUGGUAUUGACGACAUUGAAGCAGAGGACACCGAUCCUGCGACACGUUGCGAUGUCGUUGGUCAUAUCUUUGGGUGGGACAAUGAAAGCCCAACUAGACAGGUCGAAGUCAAAGCAUUCCGUAUCGAGUGGCGGCCCGUAACGAAUGGGGACUUUUAUGUGUUUUACAAGGGUACCGGACAAGGUAGAGUCCAGUUCCCCGCAAAUUGGGAGGAUCACAAUGGAAAAACAUAUGUGCGGACAUUAUAUGGUCCAGUCCCAAUAGAGAUCGCCUGGAACUGGCCAGUCCUUACUUGCUACGACAAUCUUGCAGUGUAUGCAAGUGUUAAGGGUGGACGCAUCCCGACCGAACCGGAAUUAAGACUUUUCCUCGACAAAUUUUCUUCUGGGUAUGAAGGGGGCGCCAAUAUCGGAUUUAGGAACUGGCACCCUGUCCCGGCUACUACCGGCGGAAGCAAGCACGGUGGGAAGGGACAUAACGGAGGGGUGUGGGAAUGGACUUCCACCAUCCUUGACAAGUAUGAUGGUUUUGAACCAUCGACUUUGUAUCCGGGGUAUUCCGCUGAUUUCUUCGAUGGAUCUCAUAAUGUGGUGCUUGGAGGCUCAUACGCGACCAUUCCCCGUAUUUCUGAAAGGAGGAGUGUGCGCAAUUGGUACCAACGGAAUUACCCCUACUGUUGGACUGGCGCAAGAAUUGCUUACGAUGUGUGAAGUACAGCCCACAUGAAUCCUGUUAUAAACUCUUGGACACAUUGAUAC